GCAAGAUAUUCCUUGUGUGACAGCCCAAAGACCCGAUGAAGGGGCUGUGCACAACUCACUAUGAGCUUAAUAAUAGCCAGGAGAAUUUAUUGCCAUUUACAAGUGUUAUAACCACUAUAAAAAUAAGGGUCUAAACAAUUAAAACUAUAAUUACCGUAUUAUAGCCUUUGCUAAGAGAAUUACUUGGAGAUCAAGCAACGAGAGGAAUCCCAUCAGGUUCGAUUUUCGUAUCAGUUCAAAUGUAUUUCCCCGGACUUUGGAGCCACACGGAUUCCAAUAGCCUAAAUAACACAGAAUCGAACCAACCAACGUCCAGGAACAGGUCGCGGUCCGAGGUCAAACCCGCCAUUUCCGCAGCUAACGACGUCAGAAGGGAGGCCGCCCUGGCGCUUGGACAACCAUAACCAACUUCCUGUUUCCCAUAGGCGCAACACAACUCUCCAAAUUCUUCGACGACUCAAUAAUUGUUAAUUGUAUACAUACAACUAUACUGUUAUCAAUAUGCCUAUUCGGAAUCCAUUUGCAAAGCGUACUGGCCUCGAGGGUCUGCCGGACGAAAAUGCGAGGCCCGAGUCUCCCGGCGGCCACGGCUUGGCAGUUGACAAUGCGGAUAUAAAGGCGUCUAAAACGUCCUCCGCAUUGAGUAUAAAUAGCAAGAAGGUUGAACAGCCUCCGGAAUAUAAAAUGAGCGUCGUCAAUGAUAGCGGGGUAUAUUUACCACCAUCACCACCCGAAAAGAAAAGCUUCUGGCCUCGUCGCUCCAACCCAUCGAAUGCAUCCUCCAGUACAACCCGAAGUUUCGCGGAAAUUGAGCCAUUCUCCAUCUCCAGGGAAUCCUUUGAUUCGUACAGACGCUCAUUUGAUAUUUCUGCUAGGUCUCCGGUUAUGGAGAGUUCAUCAUCUGUGAAUGGGCGCCAAUCUCUCGAUGCGCGUCUACCCCGCUUACCCCGCUCAUCACUUCACGAAGGGCGCUUUCAAGGGGGCCCACCGACAGAAGAAGAAGAAGGCGAAGGAUUCGAAGACGUGGGCCUGAAUGACAACCCGAUCAAAGACAAACUUGCGCCGAAGAAAAAGGGUUUCUUUUCGAGACUGGGCGACCAGGGGUCCGAUGAGCCCGCCUUAGCAACACCUUUGACGUCCAGAUUCCACUUCACAAAUAGGAAGAGGGGCCUUAGUGGGCAGGGUGCAGAGCUAGGCAACAUGGAAAGGCCAGUGACAGCUAAUUCUCAGCAAGGGACUGAAGUGCGGUAGAUACCCGUGUGAGAAGUUGCCCGGGCGGGCGUUGUACUUUAUAUUGACACGUGAGGGAGCUGGUCGGCGUUUGGCAACGUUUGGGUAUUGAUUUUUGUCGAUAGAGCACACAUAUUAUGGUGACUGAAUGGAAAUACACGUCACAGGGGACGAUGUGAUGGUUGCCUGUUCCGAUAGAGACAUCCCUCGUUAGGCAUAAUAUGAGACCACAAACUAUGAGAUUUAUUUUCCCGUCCAGUAAUAAACACAAAUAGUAAUUCAUAGUUUAAACAAGC